AUGAAUACGAACGAAAGAAUACUUUCAAAUCAAGGAGAUUUACAAGAAAUUUGGUUACGAGUUGCAACUGAUAUUAAAAUUCGAAAAUUUACAAAUUUAAAUGAUAUACCUGAAUUUCAUGAUUUACCAAAUCAAUUACAAAAUCAACUUCAAAAUGAAUUAUUAAAUUUCAAUAAUGAUUAUUAUAAAAUCUUUCAUAACGAACAAGAAUUAAAAAAUUUCCAUACAAUAAUAUUUAGUAACGAAAAAGAGAAAUAUCUCGCCAUAUAUGAAGAAAAAACACCAUCCGUAGCUGUACGAUCAUCAUUAACUACUUUAGGAUUUACUGUUAUUUUUAUUUUUAUUUGGCAUCAACUUUUUCAAAUUGUCAAUCAAAGUCAAACACAACAAUUAUCAAAUUCAAAUAAUGAUUUAAGUAAUCUAUUAUCAUUGAUAUUAGGUAUUGUACCGUCAUUAUUUGGAUAUUCUCAUUUACAACGAUGGUUUUCAACUCGAGAUUCUGUUUAUAAUAAACUAAUUGAAGGUUGUAUGUUGAAGAAAUUAGAUGGAAUCUCAAAUUCUCAAUAA